UGGGUUUUUGAGCCCAUCACCCAGUUCAGAUCGAGUCAGAGGCCAAGCAGGAGAACAUGAUGAUGGACCUUUUCGAAACUGGCUCCUAUUUCUUCUACUUGGACGGGGAAAAUGUUACUCUGCAGCCUUUAGAAGUGGCAGAGGGCUCUCCUUUGUAUCCAGGGAGUGAUGGUACCCUGUCCCCCUGCCAGGACCAAAUACCCCCGGAAGCCGGGAGCGACAGCAGUGGAGAAGAACACGUACUGGCGCCCCCCGGUCUGCAGCCUCCCCACUGCCCUGGCCAAUGUCUUAUCUGGGCUUGCAAGACCUGUAAGAGAAAAUCUGCCCCCACCGACCGGCGGAAAGCCGCCACUCUGCGCGAGAGGAGAAGGCUUAAGAAAAUCAAUGAGGCCUUCGAGGCACUGAAGCGGAGGACUGUGGCCAACCCCAAUCAGAGGCUGCCCAAGGUGGAGAUUCUGCGGAGCGCCAUCACCUAUAUCGAACGACUGCAGGACUUGCUGCACCGGCUGGAUCAGCAGGAGAAAAUGCAGGAGCUGGGGGUGGACCCUUUCAGCUACAGGCCCAAGCAAGAAAUUCUUGAGGGUGCGGAUUUCCUGCGCACCUGCAGCUCCCAGUGGCCAAGUGUUUCGGAUCAUUCCAGGGGGCUGGUGAUAACGGCUAAGGAAGGAGGAACAAGCAUUGACUCUUCGGCCUCCAGCAGCCUUCGAUGCCUUUCUUCCAUCGUGGACAGUAUUUCCUCGGAGGAGGGCAAGCUCCCGAUCCUGGACGAGGUGGUGGAGAAGUAACUGUGCCCGCCGGAAGACCCUUGCGCCUAAUCGUUUAGAUUAGGUCACUUUGCAUUGAUAUUUAAGAACCCAGACUCCAGAGAUUUUGAAAGGGAGAGAGUCAUAUUCACAAAGAAACUGUUGUGCAGAUUCAAAUGAAAAAGGCCUUUCGGCUUUGGGCUUUUAUUCUUUGGAACCGCGAGUGGCUUAGGUCUAGCGCUCUUAAUUUUGUUGUUGUUUGGUUUUGUUAUAUAUUCACUUUUAUUUCGAUGAUCCCUUUGUGCCAUACUCAAAAGAAGUUCAUUCCUGUCUAAAGCAAAAUGGGAACGUUGAAUCUUAGUGAUAUUUAAAUGUAUUUUUGUAAAUAAUCUUAGUACUUUCCUUUUUUAUGUAAACCUAAGAAAUAUAUUUUAAAUGUGGAAUGAUGGAUUGUAUAUAAAAUGCUUGAAGAUCCAGGUGUUGUAAUAUUAA